AAUGAUUCGGGCACUGACCGGUUUCCAUCCUAUUAGAGCACGAUACGCUUCUGGAGAAAACAUAAUGACAACACCGCCCUCUAUCUCUGCUCGUGGUCAAUUUUUAAACUUAUUUAGUUACAUGGAGUUGUUUAUGAUUGUUUUUCUGAACAAACAGAAUAAUGUUGAGUCUUUAGAAAUCGUUUCCACUUCAGAAGAAUGGGUUUUAAUUUGGGGUCUACAUUGAGAAAACAAAAUGCAUCAUGGCCAAUAUGGUGAUGUUAAUUCAUCCUUGUUAGUAUAUAUCCUAAAUGAUUGAUUUGAAGAAAUCAUUACACGCCAUCGAUCAAGGCCCAUACAGGAGCCAACAAAUUGUUGAAUUUAACGGACAAUUGAUUUUCAUUAGCUGGUACAUUAUUCAAGUAGUGUCUUUCAGAUUUUGAAAGUAUAUGGGGGUAAUUUUCCCUGAGCCUUUUCACACCGGUGUAUGAAUUUAGCGCUCCAUAGAAAAUAUGCCGAUGUGAAGAACCUCAAGGUAUAUCAUCUCAUCUACUUUUAAAAACAAACUGAUAUACGUUUCUUGUAUUAUUGUAUUGUAUUUACCUGAUCACAUACAAUGUCAAGUUGAUUGUUCUUUGUUUUGUUAUUCAACAUUUGAAAAACAAAAAGCACAAAAAUUUCACUGUGACGUCACAAUCAAUAACGUUGAAAAUACGCAAACUCCCCGUCGAGGCCUCAUCUAGAUAGUUUUGUGAAAAAACGAACUCUGGCAAAAGUUUGGAAAAUACGUUAUAACGUUGAAAAUUGAUCGUGACGUCUCAGUUGCUUUUACUUAAAUCCCUGUACAAAAAUGAAAGUAUGCGAGGAAAUAACAUUCGGUUUCAAUUGCUAACAAUAUCAAGAAAAAAAAACCCCAGAGUAAAUUCUAACUGCAGGAAGUUGAUAUUCUGUUGAAUAUUACUAAUCUGUACAACUUGGUCUUACAUUUUGAUAUUUUAUGGUGUCAUGUGUACAUGAUUUUUUUUUUUUCCAUAUGGGAGCACUUCGGCUGUAAACAUUUGUCUGAAGAAGAUUUGAAUUUUCUGAAAUGCUGUUACAAUAUACAUGUAUACUUGUUAUUUAAGAAAUAAAUGUUUAGUUUGUUUAUAACAUGGAGGAUAUCAAAGUAUUGGUAUCAUGGUGGUACAGAAAUGGGCAUCAUGGUUCUUUUAUGUCAUGCAUUCUUAAUAUUCCUUAGAUUCUUGCUAACCUCGGACGUCUGUGCAUUGUAUUGUUAUUGUCACGUUUAUUGUUACGUACAUGUAUUGUCACAAUGUGAUCCAUGCUUGGUAUAUUUCAGUAUCAUUAAAAGCCACUGUCUGUCGCCAUGUGUCAAAAUAUCUCGAGGGGAUGUGAAACAACACGCUAUCAAUUUUCAAACGUGCAAGCGUGUUUCAGAUAUUACGAUUAACUGUAUAUCCAAUGUCAAAAACUUAUCGGUUUGUUAUAUAUCUUAUAUAUAGUUCAAAUGUUCUGACAAAGUAACAGCGGGGGACUGAUAGUUACACACUGAAAUAGACAGAUCAAAACAAUAUGACAUCUUAUCGGGAUAAUAAAAACAAUGUACAUAUGUAUUGUAUUCAAUAUGUUCACAGAUCCAUGGACAUUGCUAUUUCAUAACACAAACUUUCAACUGGACAAUUUCGUUACUACCAAAGCUUCAGGAAUGACUGGUCCAAUAAAGGCGAUUAUUUUAAAUGAGUCAACAAUUACUCAACACUGGGUCAACGGUGGCCACCACCCAGUGACGGAACACAAACGGAGCAUCGUCAUUCACUGUCACAAGGCCCCUUAAUUAAAGCGUCUUUUUCGGGUGACGGGACAAGUGUUUUCUGAGCUACCAAAAUAAAAAUGUCGGUGGCAAACACUCGUUAACCCUCAUAAAAAUCACAGGAAAAUGUUCGCUUAGUCAACGAAAGGAAACUGCAUGGUAGCCAGGCUGAACAAAGUGAUUGAUUUUUGUUUUCCUCGCACGUAUCCGACAUUUUGACAGUUUGGGUCCCUUUUGGUGACCUCUCACUCUAAGUUCUUUACUUCUGUGCCAUUAUAAUAAACCAUUGAACCAAAACUAUUAAACCCUUCACACUGAGACGUAAGGUGUAUUCAACGAUCUUUUCACAAUACAUUGAAAAAACACUAAGGUAUUACAAACCUAUUGUGUAAAGCCUACUUUUAAAAACGACCUUUCCCAUAGUUAAAGACUUUGUCUAAACAUGGCUUUCACAGCUCGCAAUAUUCCUCUGCUUGCCAUAGCUUCCGACUCUGAGAUCUUUAGCAUGCGCGCACCGUUUUGCUCAUGCAAACUUUCAUACUAAACCGAUCAGUUAGAAACACAUGAAUGGGCAUUCUUGAAGCGCAUUAACUUCAGCGAGUGAUCGGCGUAUUCCGUAUUUGGACGAUUGAGUGAAACAGGAUUUCAAAUAGUGUGUAAAUCGGACUAAACUCGGAACUUGUAAGACUAGUUUGUCAAGAUUUUGGAGUAUAGAAUGAGCAGCGAUUGUAGUUCGAUCAAGGAAACGCUGAACGAUAAUCACUCGGGGGAAAACGACAACACUCAGGCCGAGAGUGGAGGCGCCACAGACUGCUCGCCGAAAGUUUCUGGGGGAAGAACUCUUUAUGAUGAUGGUCCCCCUAAUGACCCUAACGGGUACUUCAGGCAUCCCCUUACGGCUGCGGAAACCGCUAUCAGUUGUGAAGCGUCCGCCCUGGCGUACGAAUACAGCAAAUUACCGGCACUGGACGCAAGCGGGAUGAAAAUAGGAGAAACUAACGACUACAAGGAUAUAAUUAGAGCAAAUGCAAGUCCUGAGAACGGAGAAGUGGAGGAGUCGGAGAACGAGAGUGAAUUCUUUACCAUUGGUGAAAAAUUUCUGAGUCAGGAAAUUCGUGAGGUGGACGAACACCCGCCGCCUGUUGACCAUGUCAUUGAGGAGGUCUGCAAACUCGAGCAUCAUCAAGUCAGUCAAAACCAAAAGCGUCCAAAAUCAACCCGAUCCAGGGGCAAAAAAUCGUCAGGAAGAUCUAAAGGGCCAAUCGGUGGCAUGGAAGACCCCUGUUCCGCUUCAAUGAAGAACGGUGAAUCUGUCGAAACUCCGUUAAUAACCAAUCAACGUAUCAAGAACGAUAAAUCCACGUCCCCGGGGAAGAACUCUGCUUUAUAUAAAGGCUCUCCUAUUGCGGAAGAUUGCAGGAAUUUUUGUGAAAUUGAACAUUGUGAUAACGACCCGUUGUUUAACUGUUGUACGAAUACUGAAAAGCUAGAGGACCAAAAGGAAUCUACCAACAAAAUCAAAAAGGCGCUUCACGACAAACUUCGUAAAAAUCAAAGUGUUCAGGGUAAUCAAGACGUUUUGUUGAACGAAUCCCCUGUGACUACUUCGGAUUCUAUAUCUUCGAACGGGUAUUCCCCGGGUGGAGUCCCAGUGUUAGAAACUUGCGAACUUCAGCCGAUUAGUGUUUCUACAAACUCCCCCACCGGAAGUUAUUCUGAGGAGCAGACGACAUUGCAGGAAUCUGUCGCUAUGUCUCUUGGCAUGCCAAUGGCCUGUGCGGCCACCACUCACUCAAAUUCAAUUUCAUCUCUGGACAUUACCAUGCAUCAUACUCCGGAGCAAUGCUACUCUGGUCUCGUUGAUAUUAGACCUAAUCAGAUUUUAGCAGGGCAAUCCGAGCAGGACCUUCUUCACAAUAACGGCAUCCAUCACCAGACGAUCAGACAAAAUUCAUACCCCGUGUCUUCGUGUCAUUCAUCAAACUAUAACAACAAUGGUUACAUCUACCCCAUUACCCCUCCCCAAAUGAAUCACUCUCCUCAAAACAAUGAAAUCAUGGAACGUUAUCUUCAACAACAACAACAACAACAGCAGCAGCAGCAGCCAUACCAUCCGGAGCAGUCACCUAGUUACGGUUUCUAUGGGGUCGGUAUGAAGGACAAUUACGCCAUGAAGUCUCCAGAUAGUGGUUAUCAAGAGCCCUGUCUUUCCCCUACAGAUCAAAUGAGCAUAAUGUACAACCAAGACACCGGAAGUUUCGGCGAAGUCACAACCUCUUCCUGCCAGAAGGUAUCCAAGAGGCGGAAGUCCGCCCCGGCCGUCUACCAGAAGCCACUCUGGCAAACUUGUGACAAAAUCCCGUCCUUUGGCACCAUUAUUCCAAAACUACCCGACGAUUCUGCUGAAUACAAGUGUAUUCUAGAGACCCCCAUUUCCUCGGCUUGCAGGCGAGACGAGGACAGGGUUACCUAUCUCAACAAAGGCCAGUAUUAUGGGUUGACCAUAGAAUACAACGGAAACGAAAUACCACAGUGUGGUAUGGUUAAGAGUGUAAUUAUGGUAGUGUUUCGCGACGACAAGUCUGUGGAAGAUGAGCAAAAAGCAUGGGAGUUUUGGCACAGUCGGCAGCAUAGUCACAAGCAGAGAGUCAUUGACAUAGAUACAAAGGACAGCCAAGGCGUGCAGGCCUGCAAUAUCACAGAAGUGGCGUAUAAUGCAGUAGCCCUUCGGUGGAACCCCCGAGAUUCGCCGAUAAAGGUAAAUGUAGCUGUCCAUUGCCUCAGCACUGACUUCAGUAACCAAAAAGGUGUCAAGGGGUUGCCUCUUCAUGUUCAAAUAGAUACUUACGAGAAUCCCAAGGAGAGCCCUGUUAACCGCGGGUACUGCCAAAUUAAAGUAUUUUGUGAUAAAGGUGCUGAAAGGAAAACCCGAGAUGAAGAAAGAAGAUUAAAGACACGACAAACCUCAGAGGGCCACCAUCACGGUCGCAAACGUAAUGAGGAUCAAUAUCACCCUCCGAGUGAGCGGUCCGAGUUUUACAGUAUGCAGGACACCAAAUCCGUGCCCUUCCUGUACACCCCCUCUGUGGAUGAAGAUGGACACAAAAGAUCAGAAAAAAGCCCAUCGCGCCUGUCGCUGAACGGGUUAGACGAUGAUGGAAAUUCCAGUUUGAAUUCUCUGGGUGAUAAUUUUGAUGAUGUGAUGUGUCCACCAUUCAAGAAACAGCGACUAGAUUCCUACGAUUCCUAUCAAAAAGUGUUGCUGUAUGUGAGAGAGCGCCACGAGUCCGUAUUUACUGCGCUGAUGCUGCGACAACCGACCUUGCACGGGUUCUUGCAAGCUGUUGAAGAAAAAUAUGGAAUCCCUACAUGCAACGUGAAGAUAACAUACAAGCGAUCAAAAAAAGGAAUCAUUGUCAAAAUGGAUGACAACAUUGUGCGGCAUUACUCCCACGAAUCCACGUUUACCAUCGAAAUGAACAAAAUCGGCGAUAGUGAAGACUACGAAAUCAUUCUUACGGAAAUCGACACGGUGCCGACGUGCUGAGGACAUUUGAACUAAAGUGCUCUCCAUUUCUUUUGCAAUAUGAUUGUCCUUAUCGGAUGUAGGCGACGCUCUUAUUGUGAAGAUUUAAACGAACUAGUCCAAACCUGUAUUCCUCCUCGUGACGUUAACAUGUUGACCAGUAUGUUUUCACAUAAUCUGCAUAAUAUACAUAUCAUUGGCUGCAUCUCAUCUCACGUGACAUAUAUGCAAUAUUUUAACAUAUCAAUGCAAUGGCAGAUAUUGAAUACUUCCUUGACUGGAAACAUCGUAUAUAGCCAUGACAUUUUGACCAAAACGUAUCGGGCGAUAUUGCUUGUUGACAUAUCAGAAUAUUUUUAUCUGUUACGAACAAGAGAUAUAAUUUUAUAGUGUUUUUUUUAUUGUUAUAAGCAUUGUUUCAAUUACAAUGUGUAUUACUGUUGGUUUGUACAACGGAUUAAUUGUACAUAUUGCAAAAUGAAUGUAUAGUUAAACUUGUACAACUAUAACGAUUGUCUCAGAUAUUUGCUAAGAUCUAUUGUUUUAAAUCUAUUGAGAAAAAUUAAAAAAAGUAGAAAAAUACA